AUGAGUUCAAACAAGAAUUGGGAUGUUUUGAAUGAACCGUUACAUGGGAUUUACAUCCCAUCGCUACUCUUUUCUGUGGGUAUCAUUGUUUUCACGGUUAUGAACCAUGAUGUUAGAUUUCUAUCUGGAUUCAUUUUGUUAGGUGCUAUAUUACUUUAUAGAAUGGUUAUUGCUCGUUCUCGUUUGAAAUCUAUUCACAGUGAUAAGUGGACUCCAUUAGAAUUGGUGGAUCAAACCAUCAUAUCCAAAAACACUGCUAUUUACAGAUUCAAAUUAAAGACUAGCUUGGAGAGUUUAAAUAUCCCAACAGGUCAUCACCUAGCUGUUAGAAUUCCAUUUGAUGGCACUGACGAAAUAAGAUACUAUACUCCAAUCUCAAAUAAGUUUGAAACUGGUCACUUUGAUAUUCUGGUCAAGUCUUACCCAGAAGGAAAGGUUUCCAAAUACUUUGCUAUGCUCAAGCCUGGCCAAACUGUCGACUUCAAGGGUCCAGUAGGCAGGUUCAACUAUGAGGUAAAUUCUUCAAAGCAUAUCGGUAUGAUUGCCGGUGGUACUGGGUUGACUCCAAUGCUACAAGUGUUAAACACUAUCAUUACCACACCAGAAGACUUAACUAAAGUAACCCUAAUCUAUGCUAACGAAACUGAAAAUGACGUUCUUUUGAAGGAUGAACUAGACGAGAUUUCUGAAAAAUAUCCAAACUUCACUGUGCAUUAUGUAGUCAAUCAUCCAUCUAGUUCCUGGGAUGGCGAAACUGGCUGGGUCACUAAGGAUAUCAUGUCAAAAUACUUACCUGAACCAUCCGCUGAAAAUAGAUUGUUAAUAUGUGGGAAACCUGAGAUGAAAAAGACUCUACUAGCGUAUUCCGAGGAGUUAGGCUGGCCAAAGGGUGUUCUAAGCUCCAAAGGAGAUGAUCAAGUGUUCGUGUUUUAG